CGUUAUGGCGGACGCGUUGUCAAUCGCGUGACAUUUCCCUCCCGCGUGCUUACUCCGCGAACGCGGACGCCGGGUACGGGUCGACGGCGGACGAACGUCCGCGUGUCUUCGCGAGCGAGGCGCGUUAACGAGACGCGACGUGUGUCGCUUACGCCGCACUGUGUGCGGUGAAACUUAACCACGUUGCUCCGGCGCGGCGAUUCGGCGUGUAUUCCUCGCCACGGAAAUCUCGUCAACGGAGUGAACACAGCCACCGAGCGCGCGCACCGCUACAGCGCCGUGCAAAAGUCGUCGCGCGCCGCAAGCGAUAGUACAGUCCGCGUGGAAAGUUUACCCGGCGGCGCGUCGACGGCUACAGUCCCAAGCGAAAGUUUCGCGUCGCUCCGGAGAAAUUCGCGCGCUUGGCGGAUUAUUUUGAAUCGUGCGAACACGGCGCGUUGUAAUCCUUUCCCGUUUUUCACGCGAACGAUUGUGUACAGAUAUCUUUAAGAAUCGUAUUGCAUUUGUUCGUGUUGCUUGAAAUCCCCAAAAAAUGUUUGCACUUGAAAAUAAAUAAAUAUAUAUUCAAGGAAAAAAGAGGAAACGUAGAUUGAGCACAAAAAGCGCAAGCAACACUUACAGCAUAAAAAGAAACGAAAUAAGAACUUGAUCGUAUGCACUUUGCGAAACAUUCCAAGCAUAAUUACUCAAAUUUCAAGUUUAGAGUAAAAGAUCGUCCGGACGACAAAAGGGGAAAGGCCCGCGCGAUUAUUACUCGCAAGGAUAUCGGGACACUGAGGCAACAUGGGCAACUCCGCCUUGAAGAGGCACUACGAGACCGCGGAGAAGACCGCCACCCUGAAGCUGUCGCAGUGCAAACUGGAUAAGUUCUCGCGGAAACUCCAUGACCUGGCGCCGACGCUGCGCACUCUGGACCUGUCCGAGAACAGUUUCACGACACUGCCGAACGAGAUCGGCGACUUCACGCUGCUGAAGCAGCUGAACUUCAGCCAUAACCGACUGACCGCUCUGCCCGGUACGCUGGGCGCGCUUGAGAAACUAGAGGGUCUAAACUGCGCCACGAAUCAGAUCAGAUCGAUCCCGUUGUCUUUGGCGAAUCUGAGCCACUUGAAGCAGGUCAAUUUGUCCGACAAUCAGAUCUCCGACUUCCCGCUGAUGUUCUGCGACCUCAAGCAUCUGGACGUUCUGGAUCUGUCCAAGAAUCGACUCACGAUCGUGCCGGACGCCUCUGCCGGCCUCCACGUGAUCGAGCUUAAUCUUAAUCAGAAUCAAAUCGCCACCAUCUCCGAGAAGCUGGCGGAUUGUCCGCGAUUGAAAAUGCUGCGAUUGGAGGAGAACUGCCUACAGCUGAGCUCGGUGCCCAUUAGACUCCUCAAGGACUCCAAGGUCUCGUUGUUGGCGCUCGAAGGGAAUCUCUUUGAGAUGAAGCAAUUCGCGGAUCUGGAUGGUUACGACACGUACAUGGAACGCUACACAGCGGUCAAGAAGAAGAUGUUUUAAAGGAUAGUUUCACAUUGGAAAAGAAUGUAUUGUUUGUAUUAUACGUAUGAAAUUGUUUGGUAGGUAUUGAAGUUACCAAACGUCGAAUGGAUAAUGUCGAAGAGAAAAAGAUUUAAUUAUUUGGCACUUUUGUAUCAUCGAUUUAGGGCCAUUGUCACCAAGCUUCGAUUAACUUAGCUCGCAUUAAUUCUCCGACAUCAGCUUAAGUUGGAAGUCUGCAAAGUUACUAGGCCGACUAAGGCCGAGUUCCACAACUCACGGUUAACUCUUAACCAUGAAUUGUGGAACUAGGCCUAACCCCCAGUUCCACAACUCUCGGUUAAGAGUUAACUGUGAGUUGUGGAACUGGGCCUAAGGGUGUAUUCCGAACCAGAUUAGCUUAGCUUAUUUUUUUCCUUAGAUAUUGGCAGUUCUGUAACUAAACCGAGAAGUGUUCCGAACCCGUCGGCUGUCAUAACUCGUAACCAAUAGAAGCCAGUAGUUAAGUUCGACGGCCGAUUACCUUGCUUUCCAGCAAGGACACAGUCAGACACUGUGUAACACAGUGAGUCGUUUCAUUUUUGUUUAAC